GAGGGAAGCGGGGCACAAGAGCCACAGGCUCCAAGGGCGGAGACUGACUGGAUUAUUUGUUGAGGGUGGGAUCCUCUCACGCAUCGCAAGUGCUCUCAACCAUGGCCACCAGUUGCACAAUGGCGAGCCAGCUCAAGUCCUGCUUCACCCCCAAGGGCCUCUCUGCUUCUUCUCCCCUCAGGCCUCUUCCCUUCCGAACCUUCAGAUUCAGAGUCAAGGCCGCCCAAUCCGACGAUAAGGGUGUGCUGGGUACGACCACUUACCAGGUGGUUCAGCCCAUCAAUGGUGACCCUUUCAUCGGAAGCCUCGAGACUCCGGUGACUUCCAGCCCCCUCAUCGCCUGGUAUCUGUCCAACCUUCCUGCUUACAGGACGGCAGUGAGCCCUCUGCUGAGAGGGGUGGAGGUGGGGCUGGCGCACGGCUUCCUGCUGGUCGGUCCCUUCGUGAAGGCGGGGCCGUUGAGGAACACACCGUACGCGGGAGGGGCGGGGUCUCUGGCCGCCGGCGGCCUCGUGGUCAUCCUCAGCAUCUGCCUCACCAUCUACGGCAUCGCCUCCUUCAAGGAAGGAGAGCCUUCAGUCGCCCCUUCCCUGACCCUGACCGGCCGCUCCAAGCAGCCUGAUCCCCUGCAAACGGCCGACGGGUGGGCCAACUUCACCGGCGGCUUCUUCUUCGGCGGCAUUUCCGGUGUUAUUUGGGCCUAUUUCCUCCUAUACGUAUUGAACCUUCCAUACUAUUUCAAGUGAUUCGCGUGUACACUGUACAUUCAAUUGCCAAGGCAUGUCUAUGUAAUUUGUAUUUUGUUUCUAUAUCACUACUAUUAGCCAGAACAAGGGAGGAAGUAUUCCGAUUUG